ACAGCGCUCUUUGUCGCCAUUUAAAAAUAACUCAGUAAAUUAAUACAUUUACAUGAAGAAGAACCUACGAUUGUAUUGUAACUAUUCUAACACAUUUAACAACUGUAUCCACUCAACAGACGUCAAAUAUUGUACAGUGAUGAAAGCGUAGACUGACGUUCGCAUACGCUGUCGCAAAACGUCUCAUCAAACGUUCCGCCUCCCGGUCCAUGUCGGACAUAUUUAAUGGAAACACCGGCAAAGUGUAGGAGGAACAUUCCGCGUAUGUACUGCAAUAACGUUUGAGUUCUUUUAAUAUAAUUUUACAGCCAGUCCGGUGCAUAAUAUAGGUUUAUACCAAGAGUGGAUGUAAGUUCAUAAGCCAUGGCUGGACCUGUCAGUUUGGAGUUGGAUCCCAUCUUCCUAAAGGGGCUGAGUUACCUUCAUUCCAAGAGUAAAGAUUCAGCCGAAAAGCUCAAAGCUCUUCUGGAUGAAUCGCUCGCAAGAGGAAGUGAUUCUUCCUACCGGUCGUCACUAAAAGACCUGGAGGUGUCAAAAGGGUCUUUGUCAAAACUCAGCUUAAGUAAACAAGACUCCAAGUCCUCCUCUAGUUCCUCGUCCUCCAACAUCAGCAGCAAAUCCAGCUCUGAAAAGAGCAAGAAAGACGGAGACAGGAGAUCUUCUGAAAAGGUUAGGGUGGACUUGGGUGAUGUUGACCCCCCGAAGAAGCCUCGUUUGGAGAAACAGGAGAAUCGUUCGUCACCGGUUACCGUGCAGACAAGCAAGGACCUCCUGACGAACAUCAGUGACUACGAUGAGACCAACGCUGAUGACUUUGCCAUGGAGAUGGGCCUGGCAUGUGUGGUUUGCAGACAAAUGACAGUGUCCAUGGGAAAUCAGCUGGUAGAGUGCCAGGAAUGCCAUAACUUGUACCACCAGGACUGCCACAAGCCCCAAGUGACGGACAAAGAGGUCAAUGACCCCAGGCUGGUGUGGUAUUGUGCUCGUUGCACCAGACAAAUGAAGCGUAUGGCCCAAAAGCCUCCACAGAAGCCAUCCCCAGCCUCCGCCUCAUCGGCACCCGUUGUAAAAGACACACUGGUGAAAAAGACAGAACUGAAAACGAAGCCGGACACCGCAAGCACUUUCCAGGCUUUCAAAAGGACAGAAGUGAAGACAUCCACAACGUCAUCUAACCCCACCAGCAGCAACUCCUCCUCAUCAAGUAGCGGUCUAACAGGCUGGGCCGCAUUCGGCGCCAAGACGAGUCCAUCUCUUCCUGUCAGCUCCAAACUUGGUUCCUCAGGACCAAGCGGGAGCAACAAAGCCAUGACAGCUCCCCCCGGCCAGAAACCGGUAGGUCUUUCCGGGCUUGCCGCAGCCAAAUCUGGGCUUGGAGCCGCAAAGAUCCCUGGGAGCGGUAACGGCAACGGCUCUAGUCAGGUCUCCUUGAAACCGCCGCCUCUGACUCUGGGCAAACAGCCGCUGAAUCGUUCAUCAAGCGCCGAGAGCCAGGGGAAGGGUUCUGCCUCGUCGGGGGCAAGCUCACCCAACAGCUCGCAGGCGAGUCCGGGAGGUAGCGGAUCAGGGGGAAAUAACAACGGAGGAGGAAACGGGAACAACGGGAAUGGGUCAAAGGUUCCGCCGGGAGAAAAAGCACCAACAUCCCAAGAGUCCCAGCUCAACGCCAUGAAGCGGUUACACCUGGUGAAGAAAAAAGCGGCACAAAAGAAGCUCAAGAAAUAAGCAUACAGGAGGUAGUAGAGCCCCAUUUCCAAGUGGUACAGUUUGGUACGCUAACAAAAUAAUUCCUGAGAAAACGUGUUCAGGAAGGGAAUUGUCUCAUAGUUGCGAUAACGGAAAAGGCAAGGACAGGAAGUCUUCGAUAAUAACAAAAACCGCUUCACAGCUAAUGUAUUAUAACUGUUCUGUCUGUGCGUUGAAUGAAUUGGUGGGUUAUAUAUUAUAAUAUGUUGUGUCAUACUAUCAAUGUAGCUUCCGUAAUUAUCACCCUUUCCGUGAUGGGAACACAAGCCAGAUAAGACCAACGUUCCGAACCGUACCACUUGGUGUAAGUGUGGCUGAUGCAAGUAAUAAAAGUAAACCCUCAAACAGUGCAGAUGCGGUGCUAAGAGGGUCUUGUCUGUGAUCUUGUUUGUUUCUGUUGUGAGACCAUCCAUUCUUAAUACUUGAAUCUUACAUCGUGUCAAAUGCUGCUGGACUUGCUGUGCCUCAUUUAUUAUCCAUUGCCUCAUUCUGUCCCGAUUAAUUGAUCCAGAGAGAAGUGUCGUUUGUUUUGUUUUUUUAAACCUACGUGUCAUUCAAAUUCCACUUAUGAACAAUCUGGCAGCAGCGAAGACUUGUGACUGUACGAAUGUGGAUCCAAGCAAAAAAAAAAAACUGUCAUAGAGUCUUUAAUCAUCACGUAAUAAAAAUGAAACAUAA